CGAAAACCAAACUUAACGGAAAUAAAGGCCGAAGCCCAGUAAAGCCUAAAAGAAAAAAAAAAAGUGAGGGAAAUUCUGUCCGUAGCCGCCACCGUCCCGGUCACCACGCUCUCUGCCGCCUGAGUCCACUACCCGCCGGUGUUUCCAUCUCUAUGUCACUCAUCUCUACCUCUUCUAUGUCCUCGUUUCGUGAAGCCAUAAGCUUCCGUCAACCAUCGAUUGCGGACCACCAGCGCACUCCACCACUGGCUGCCACUGCUUUUUUGCUGCAAAAUUUCCUACUUCCUUUGUGUUUCAUUGGCGAUUGGUUGGUACACCAUCUUCUCUUUCUGCGAGGUUUCCAGUCUUCUCUGAAAUCUUUCCAGUCUCGUUCGAUUUUGGCCAUGAUCUAGUUUUAUCUGUAUCCGUAACAGUAAAUUUCAAGUUCUGAAGGGGAUAUUUUGAGCCCUCUCGAAGCCUCCAAAAUAAAUUCAAGCACGAAUUGCAAGAAAUUCUCUUCUUCGCCCGUUUCCUUCCAUCGAAUACUGGAUUUCAAUGGACUUGCAACUGCAGCAAGAGCAAUCUCCGUCUCUUGAAGAUUGCUUGAAGCUGUUGAAAGGCGAGAGAGACGAGCAGCGACUCGCUGGUCUCCUUCUGGUCACCAAGUUCUGCGAAGGCAACGACCUCGCUUCGCUUAAGAGAGUUUACGAUGCUAUCGGUGCACAGUUUCUGGUUCGCCUAUUGAGGACUGGUUUAGGAAAAGGAAUUACCAGUUCCAGUGGAAAUGAUAAUCGUGAAGCAUAUUUGCAGCUAUCCGUUACAGUCCUUGCUGUAUUCUGUCGUGUUCCUGAGAUUGCUUCUUCAGAUGAGAUGGUUUCGAAGAUUCCAUAUAUACUGGAAAUAAUGUCGUCGGAAUCGGCUUCACAUGUUCGUGAAGAAUGCUAUGAGUUUCUCUAUUUGGUGUCAGCUGCUUGUGACGAGGGAAUCAAGACAUUUUUCAGUACUGGAGGCUUGAAAGUACUAGCUUUUCAGAUGUCUACUUUAUCUGAUGGUUCUCAUGCGACGGAACUUGCUAUUAAACUUCUGCGCUUAUUGUUAAGCAAGCUUUCUCGAGAUAGCAUUGACAACAACUGUCAAUUAGAGCUGUCUAUGGUGGUGGGCACAGUUGCUCGGACAUUUUCUGCUUUGCAUAAUGCUGUGAAGUUUGAAGCACUUCACUUACUCUCUGGAAUCUUCUCUUCAGAUUAUUCUGCACUUCUUCAUGGACCUCUUCGUGUAAUUCCAGAUAAGAGCUGGUCAAAUUAUAUGCGUAUUGGUAUUGUGGAUUUACAGAAUCGUGUAGCCCCGGCUGACAAGCUCCACGCCCUUAUUCUUGCUGAGUCUAUGGUGUCGAUAAUGGGUGAAGAAUGGCUGAUUGGACAGGUAAAAUUAUCCAACGUUGAGGACCCUAUUCCAGCAGAUAGGUGUCUAUUGCUUGUCUUAGAGUCAUCAAGGGUUGAAGUUGCUGUUCUGCUAAAUGAACUUGCUUACUUGAAGUAUGAAUCUUCUGGGAGUUCUUCAACUGCUGAGACUAUUCUUUUAAAGCAACGGGAAGUGGCUAUUGCCUUUUCUUUGGUGGAGAAGAUAAUCAAGUUGAUAUCUAGAGUUAAUGAAAAUGAAGAAAACCUCAUCGACGAAACUGUUUUCCUGAAGGUGAUCAAGGCUCUUAAUGAGACAAUGAUUGUUGUUCUGGAGUAUCUACAAGAUGCAAAGGAACAUGGUCAUAAGAAGGGAAAUGAUCUUCUUGCUUCAGUGCGUGUUGUUGGGAGCUAUCUUGCCGAAACUCCCAUUGCUUGCAAAGAGAAGGUUAGAGAACUUUUGAACUAUAUUCUCACAGUUGAAGGUGAAGAUGAAUCAAGGCCAUUUUACUCGGCUUGCUUUUUGCUUCCAAUGCUGUGCCAAAUUACAAUGACGGUUGAGGGGUGCAAAGUUUUGGUUGGUUCUGGAGGGUAUAAAGCUGUUGUGGAAUGCCUUAUAGAAUUAAUUGGACCAGGCAGGCAAAAUGUAGAAGACAAUGGUUGCAUUUUCUUGGCAUGUGAUACAAUCAUGAAUCUUCUUUUGAAGAGAGAACAGGUGCAAUUUUCAGCUGAUAUAUCCACAUUUGUUGAUCUCUUGAAGGCAUUUGCAUACUGGGGAGGGAAUACAAAUGAUCCAUCCAUUACUAUGAUGGCUGCUAGCAUUUGCGCACUAAUAUUUGAUUUUACAUCGGAGGAUGCACUUAUGAAUCACCUGAACUUUGAACCUAGCUCUCUUGGCAAUUUGUCUCAGCUCAUUGCAAAAAGUUUGGCUGCUUGGGGUCAGGGUAUUUCUGAUGCUGCUGAAGUAGAAUCCGAUCUUCUUGAGAUUAUUACUGCAGGAUAUUUUCGAUGGGCGGAUCGGUACCCUCAAGUGAGAAAAGCAGUUGGAAGAUAGAUAAUGGAAUGGAACUUGCAUUCGGGUUUCACACAAAUUGUUUAAGAGGGGAACACGAAGGAUAACAUGAUCGAGCCUUUGAGAUUCUCUAGUGGCUGAGGCUCUGCCUAAAAAUUUGUUGAAGUUUGCCUAAGCCCCACGAAUGGAUGCCGGAAGCUGUAUGAGAAGAGCUUUAUAAAUUAUACUGGAAACCUUGGUUUAUCCGUUCUGUUUUCUAGUUUCGCAUACUGUCAGCAUCCUUGAGUUUAUUACAUUUCUCAUUGGCCUGUUAUCGUACUGCACUGCCAUACAGCACAAGAAGUAACUCGCCAAAAGCUGAGUUGUGCUAGAGCUCGUUGUUGAUCCAUACAACUCCAGUUGGAUUGUAUUCUGAUUUUUAAAUUUUAAAAUCUCUACGCUGCCAUUUGGUUAAGGAUUUGGGACAAUCCACUCCCUCAUUAAACCCACAGUUUCUUUUUUUUUUUUUUUUUUUUUUCUUUAAAUGUAGCUUUCAUCCUCGCUGGUCUCUUCUUAGAAGUAAUGUCGUUGAUAAUUGAGUGUACAUAAGAGACAAUAACGUCAAGUAAUUUUCCUUGAAGAUGAUAAAUUAUUCGUCUAUUCAUGUCAUAAAUCAGAGCUGAAGUUUUCUU